CUCUCUCUUUCCCUCUUCGCAGUGGCGGCCUGGGACCCUUGUUUCCUUGCUUCAACCCUUACUUGCCCAGCGACGUGCCCGCCUCCUUUGUUUUGUUUUUCUUCCAAUUUCACUUAUCUUUGUUCCCUCUGCAACUCUGUGUCUCUUCCAUGGUAUUCGGAGUUUAAUAGAUGCUGCAAAUUUGAUGUGAGAUAGGAGUUGCAUCCUUGUGUUGGUUAAGAGGUGGUUCGGAGGUAGGGAGGAUAAGGCAUCUGAGGUCGAGUAGAAAUGUCAAUGCCGAAGGAGGAUCCGUCUGCCAUGACGGUGGAGGAGACCUCUAGCUCUGCGGAGACUGGCAGGCCUGCUGCACCUGCCGCUCAGCCGUUGAAGCCCGCUCCCCAGUCAGCGGAUGGUGAACGUGCUAAGGAGGAGGAUCCCGAGAAGAAAAAGAAAAGAGAAGAGAAGGCAAGGGAGAAGGAACUGAAAAAGUUGAAGGCUGCCCAAAAGGCUGAAGCUGCCAAAGCUCCUGCAGCUCUUUCAAAGAAGGCCGAACAAAAAGCGAAGAAAGCUGCCGCUGCCGCUGAUGAUGCCGAUGCAGUAGAUCCCCCUACUACUCCCGGGGAGAAGAAACUACUGGCCCCUGAAAUGGCAAAAUCUUAUAAUCCCAAUGCUGUUGAGGCAUCGUGGUAUGAGUGGUGGGAAAAGUCAGGUUUCUUUGUUGCUGAUCCGGAGAGCAAGAAACCUCCCUUCGUAAUUGUGGUGCCUCCUCCAAAUGUAACUGGAGCGCUUCAUAUUGGUCAUGGUCUAACGGGAGCUGUAGAGGACCUUAUCAUAAGAUGGAGACGAAUGAGCGGUUACAACACCCUGUGGGUACCAGGUGUUGAUCAUGCUGGCAUAGCCACUCAGGUAGUUGUAGAAAAGAGCAUUAUGAAGGAGAGGAAGCAAACUCGACAUGACUUGGGAAGAGAGAAAUUUGUGGAGGAGGUGUAUAAGUGGAAAGAUCAGUACGGUGGGCAGAUUUGUAAGCAGUAUCGUCGUCUCGGAGCAUCUCUUGACUGGUCUCGUGAGUGUUUCACUUUGGAUGAGACGCGGUCUAAAGCAGUAUCAGAAGCGUUUGUCAGGCUGCAUAAAGAGGGCCUCAUUUACAGGGAUAAUCGGCUUGGAAAUUGGGACUGUGUUCUGAGAACAGCAAUAUCAGAUAUUGAGGUGGACUAUGUCGAUAUCACACGCCGAACCUUGAGAGCAGUACCAGGGUAUGAUAAGCCUGUGGAGUUCGGAGCAAUUACGUCAUUUGCUUAUCCACUUGAAGGAGGGGAAGGUGAAAUUGUGGUAGCUACCACAAGGCCUGAAACCAUGCUCGGUGAUACAGCCGUUGCUGUGCACCCAGAGGAUCCACGCUACAAGCACCUUCAUGGAAAGUUUGUAGUUCAUCCUUUCCAGAAUCGUAGGAUUCCCAUUAUCUGUGAUGAUGUACUAGUGGACAUGGCUUUUGGUACUGGAGCUGUCAAGAUCACGCCAGCUCAUGAUCCUAAUGAUUUUGAAGUCGGUAAGCGGCACAAUUUAGAGUUCAUCAACAUUUUUACAGACGAUGGAUUGAUCAACAGCAACGGUGGCAAGCCGUUUGCUGGGAUGAAACGCUUCGACGCACGUGUAACUGUUGUAAAAGAUCUAGAGGCCAAGGGUCUUUUUAGGGGAGUGGCUGAUAAUGCUAUGAGGCUUGGAAUAUGCUCAAGAAGCAAUGACGUGAUCGAGCCCAUGAUAAAACCUCAAUGGUAUGUGAACUGCAAGGAUAUGGCAAAGGAGGCUUGCGAUGUUGUACGCGAUGGUCGGUUAGAGAUCAUCCCAAAUCAGUUCGAAGAUACGUGGUUCAGAUGGCUUGAAAACAUCCGAGAUUGGUGUAUUUCGCGACAGCUUUGGUGGGGACACCGUGUGCCUGCAUGGUAUGUAACUGUAGAGGAUGACGCCAGGACUGAGAUGGGAGCUUAUCCUGAUCAUUGGGUGGUAGCUCGGGAUGAAGUGGAAGCAGAAAGUCUCGCUAAAGCUAAGUUUGCAGGGAAAACAUUCAAGUUGGAGCAGGAUCCUGAUGUUCUGGAUACCUGGUUUUCAUCUGGAUUGUUCCCAUUUUCUGUGCUAGGUUGGCCUGAAGCGACCCCUGACAUGAAGGCCUUUUAUCCUACGUCUGUCCUAGAAACAGGGCACGACAUUUUGUUCUUUUGGGUUGCUCGCAUGGUGAUGUUGGGAUUGAAGCUCACAGGUGUGAGCCCCUUCAAGCAGGUUUUCUUGCACGCCAUGGUUAGGGAUGCCCAUGGAAGGAAGAUGUCAAAGUCUUUGGGAAAUGUGAUUGAUCCACUUGAGGUUAUUAACGGCGUAACCCUGGAAGAUUUGCACAAACGACUUGAACAAGGCAAUCUUGAUCCUCGUGAAGUGGAGAAGGCAAAGGCUGGUCAGAAAGCUGAUUUUCCGAACGGAAUUGCUGAGUGUGGAGCUGACGCACUCCGCUUUGCCCUUGUGGCCUACACGGCGCAGGCGGUGAAUAUAAAUCUUGAUAUUCUUCGUGUGGUGGGAUACCGCCAGUGGUGCAACAAACUUUGGAAUGUCAUUCGUUUUGCCAUGACGAACCUUGGUAGUGACUUUGUUCCCUCGGCCACCAUUCAGCCUUCAUCGCUUCCCCUUAGCUGUCAAUGGAUUCUCUCGGUACUCAACAAGUCCAUUGAUAAGACUGUCAAGGCAUUGGAGGGUUACCAAUUCUCGGAUGCUACAACUGCCUUGCAUUCUUGGUGGUUGUAUGAGCUCUGCGAUGUGUUCAUUGAAGUCAUUAAGCCGACUAUGUUUGGAAACGAUGAAGCUGCAAAGAAGGCCACCAGGGAUACUCUGUGGUUAUGUCUGGAUACAGGUCUUCGCCUGUUGCAUCCCUUUAUGCCAUAUUUGACGGAAGAAUUGUGGCAGCGACUUCCUCAACAAGAAGGAAGCCAGGCUAAGGUUUCCAUAUGUGUGGCAGAUUACCCAGCUGUCAACCAGGAAUGGACAAAUGACGAGGCAGAAGCAGACAUGGAGUCGAUUAACGCAAUUGCAAAAGCCACUCGGACGUUACGAAUGGCGUAUGAACUGCAGCCUAAAUUGAGGCCGGAGCUUUAUGUUGUGUGUCGCACUGAAAGAGUUGCUGAGAUUGUGAAGAAGGGAGCUAAUGAAAUUGCCACUCUUAGUCUAUCUUCUUCCGUGAAGGUUUUAGGAGAAGGAGAAGCUGCACCUCUCGGAUGUGCUCUGGGUAUUGUGGAUGAGAACACGACAGUGAAUCUGCUCUUACGAAAUGUGGUGGAUGCUAACGUAGAGAUCUCCAGGUUGCAAAAGAAACGUGAUGAUCUUAUCAGGCAACAAGAUGCUCUCCAGAAGAAAACGAGUGUUGCUGGAUAUGCUGAGAAGGUUCCCGAAGCAGUCCGUGAAGAGAAUCAAUUGAAGAGUGCGAAGCUUGUUGCUGAGCUCCUGACUGUUGAGGAGGCCACUGCCAAUUUUGAGAAACUGCUGAUCAACAGUAGUUAGGAAAGUUAUUAACAUUUGUCAAUUUGGACUGGUCCAUUGACCAAAAUAUCUGGAGGAUGAGUAAAAGAAGUGCGACAGCCUUAAGCUACUUGUUUAGCUCUGUCGAUUUAUGUUCCUUAUCUGUGCCUCGUACGAGGAAUUACUAGAUAUGUGAUUGGUAACGAUAUUGCAGGCAAGUGUAGUUCUUGCGCUGCUAUUGAGCUAUUCUUUGGAAGUUAAAGUUUCAGGUGUCCGGAUGAGUUUUUGUAUUUUGGGAAUUGAAAUAGUUUUUGAUUAUUCAGUACGGUGACGAGGUGCUGAUUUUCAACUUUCCAUCCA